GUAUAAUCAAAAAUUUAAAGAAAUGGCUGCAAGAUUAAUCCGGAAAAUUGUAAGUCAGUAGUUGAGUGCUAGAAAAUUUGUUUUCCCUUAAAACUGCAUGUAGCCUCUAACUCUUUGUAAGUCUGCUUAAUUUCUUUUGCAAUCCAAAAAUAGACUAUUGUACAUAGUUAUGUCGAAGAAUUACAUAAAUGCGCUUUUGAAGCCUUUUCGUGAGAGUAACGUAGUGGGAGCUUUACUGAAACUGUUCGACACGGGGCCGAAUCAAGGACUUAAACGUGUUGGGAUCGCGAAAAAUGAGGUUCCGACGGCCAAGUCUGGUGCGGCGCAGUACAGCAGCGGCGUACGGAAGGUGACAUUGAUACCGGGACAUGGUAUUGGUCCUGAAAUCACCGUCGCAGUGCAGAAAAUCUUCGAAGCUGCUAAAGUACCUAUUGAGUGGGACGAAGUCGAUGUCACAGCUGUUAGGGGUCCAGAUGGAAAGUUUGGUAUUCCCCAGAAGGCGAUAGACUCUGUAAAUGCCAACAAGAUUGGCUUAAAGGGUCCCCUGAUGACCCCAGUGGGCAAGGGCUACCGUUCCUUAAACUUGGCGCUCAGGAAGGAGUUUGACCUUUAUGCUAAUGUCAGGCCCUGCAAAAGUUUAGAUGGUAUAAAGACAUUAUACGACAACGUGGAUGUGGUGACGAUCAGAGAGAACACGGAAGGUGAAUACUCUGGCAUAGAGCACGAGAUCGUGGACGGCGUCGUCCAAUCCAUCAAGCUGAUCACGGAGGAGGCCAGCAAGCGUGUCGCUGAAUUCGCCUUCCAGUUCGCCAGGGAUAACAAGAGGAAGAAGGUCACUGCUGUACACAAGGCUAAUAUUAUGCGGAUGUCAGACGGUCUGUUCCUCCGGUGCUGCCGCGACCUGGCCACCAAGUACCCAGACAUCAAGUUCGAGGAACGCUACCUCGACACCGUCUGCCUCAACAUGGUGCAGGACCCCUCCAAGUUUGAUGUGCUGGUGAUGCCAAACUUGUACGGUGACAUAAUGUCAGACAUGUGCUCUGGUCUUGUGGGCGGACUGGGUCUGACACCUUCAGGCAACAUUGGCAAGAACGGUGCACUCUUUGAGUCUGUGCACGGCACUGCUCCAGCUAUAGCCGGACAAGACAAAGCUAAUCCAACAGCUCUACUCCUCUCUGCCGUGAUGAUGCUGCGUCAUCUGCAGAUGUACCAACAUGCUGAUAACAUAGAGAAAGCCUGCUUCACCGUGCUGAAGGAAGGUCGAGUCCUCACAGAGGACCUGGGAGGCAAGAGCACUUGUUCCGAGUACACCACGGAGAUUAUCAAGAAUCUACAUUGAUAUGGUUCGUGUCACUGUGGAGUUGAUAUAGUCUUUAUCUGAAAAUUACAUUUUUUAAUGUAUAGUACUGUUUAGAUUUGUAUUGGUUAUAUGUCAUUUUAAAUUUAUUAAAUUAAAUUGUGAUAUAUACCUAUAUAUAUUGGUCUCUUAUCAAUAUAUAAAGUUUGUGUUUGUUGGACCGUUGUAGUUGACAAACUUUAAUUUCUAUAUAAAAAACUUUUUAAAAUCAUUAUAACUAAGAUAUCAAUAAAAUGUUAACUCCACAGUGGUGUAAUCUUCAUCGAAUAGUUAAUUGUUAUUUUGUAAACUGACAGUAUUCUUAUACAUUCCCUGAGUUUAGUUUUGUACAAGAACCAGCCAAAGAAGUAUUCGAUGUGCGUUUAUAAUUCAUUAACCUGGUAUUUUGUGAGAUUACAUGAUUAACAAAGACAUGCAGAUGUAUUUAUAAUGCUACGUAAACGAUUAAACAUGAUUGUUUGGUCAAACUUCAUCAAACAUCCCAAAUAUAGGCAAAAUAAAACAUAGCUUCACAUGUCUGUAUAGUAGUAUUGCCAUCUCUCUCAUUUUGUUUAGAAAGAAUAGAGAUAGCAAUACUUAAUUUGUAAUAUGACAAACUAAAUUCACACAUAACAUCAAAUAUUUGACAUAUUGUUUGAUCGUUUGCCGGAACCUGAAGUCUUUGAUUUUUGUGUGCAUUUCAGUGAUGUAUUUAAAUUGAAGAAAGGUCUGACUGUGGUGUGGUUAAUUAAGUUUUAACUCUUCUAAUUAACAAAGACAUUGUCAACUUGUACAAAAUGUAAGACGUUUGAAAUUAUGUUGCCAGAUGCAAAUAAACAACUAAGUAAAAAAGAAAAAAAGAAUUUCAGAUGCAAUUUCUGAGAAAAAAACAGUGCAAUUUCUAUUUUAUUUUCCAUUUUGUACAAGUAAAGAAUCGUCUAUUUGAUCAAAUAUCCACUAGUUUUGUGUACUUUGCCUUAAGUGUUACCAUUAAUGUUUUAAGUUACCGCAAGUAUUUUAUCUGAGUGUUACCAUUUUAUUGCUAUAAGUUGACUUAAAUUGAACUACUAGCGAAUUUAGUUGAGGCACUAAUGUAUUUAUUCAUUUUAAAUUAUUUAAAAUCCAAACUGGCAAUUGUACUUUAUUAUAUUUGGCAGAACGAAGAAGGCCUUUUUCAUAAAAAAUGGCGCUAAAAAAAGUUGUACUCUAGUUUUAUCCAUAUUUUAAGUGUGUUUGUGAUUGAUUAAGUGAUACCUUACGACGUUUGUAUUAAUUUAGUAGAUAUUUGAGUUCCUUGUUUUGUGAUUGUAUUUACAAUAAUUGUCUAUGGUUAUAAUCAUGCUUUUAUUUAUUUUACAAUGGUUUGAAUGGCAGCCCUUUGGCCAUGCGAGUGACCAUUGAUUGUGUAAUGUUCUUUUUAAGAUUAAAAAAAUCAGAUGAAAUCUGAAAAAUGAGCUGAGCUGUAGCUAUAAUUAGUAGAAUACAUCUUAUUUAUUGACUAGCUAAUGAGUAGUUAAAAUUCAAUGCAACCUUUAGUUUAGUGUCCUUAUGAAAUUGACAAAUAAAGAGAUUGAAAAUA